UAGAAAAAUAGGGCUGAACAAGAAUCGAAAGUAGUAGUAGAAGUAAUAACUAACGCGGGAUAAGGAUAGGGUUUUGAACACAACAACAACAACGUACUUCAAACUCUGAUGUUGUUUGUUAACGAAAAUUUGAUUAAUUAAUGAACUGCGAUGUUGCGUGGAAGCGCUGCGAUGGCGAAACUCACCCCCCUUUUCUCCAUUCUCACCCAUCGCCCAUUUCUCUCUUUUUCCAAUUCUCAUUCUUACUCUCUCAAACACACCAUAAACCACCGUCCUAUUCCCUUCACUACCUCCGCCAUCAACACUUCACCUCCAACACCCAAUGGAGGAACUAUCAAGCUUUCAACCAAAGAAAGACGAAAGGCCGCUAGAGAAUCACCCGAGGGAAUUUUGCAAAAAAAGCUCAACGAUUGCUCUAAAUCCGGUGAUGUUCUUCAAGCACUUCAUCUCUACGACGAAGCUCGUAAAUCAGGUGUUCUCUUCAAUCUCGAGCAUUACAAUAAAUUAUUAUACCUUUGUACUGUCCAAACUAGUGAUGGUGCUGCUGAUUUGGGUCUUCAAAGAGGGUUUGAGAUUUUUCAGCAGAUGUUGAAUGAUAAAAUUAAACCGAAUGAAGCUACUUUCACUAAUGCUGCUAGGGUUGCUGCUGCUAAGGAAGAUCCUGAAAUGGCUUUUGAGUUGUUGAGGCAAAUGAAGAGUGUUGAGAUUGCGCCUAAGUUGAGAUCUUAUGGUCCUGCUCUUUAUGGAUUUUGUAAGAGAGGGGAUGCGGCGAAAGCUUAUGAAGUUGAUGCUGAUAUGAUUGAGUCGGGUGUUAUGGCGGAGGAGCCUGAGCUUUGUGCGCUUUUGGAAGUUAGCGUUAAAACGGGGAAUGAAGAUAAGGUGUAUGAGAUAUUGCAUCGGUUGCGUGCGGUGGUUAGACAGGUGUCUGAGUCGACUUUGAAGGUUGUGGAGGAUUGGUUUAAGUCUGAGUAUGCGGAGAAGAUUGGGAAGAGGGAAUGGGAUGAUGAGAAAAUAAGAGAAGGGUUUGUGAGGGGAGGUGGGGGAUGGCAUGGUGAGGGGUGGCUUGGAAGUGGGCAAUGGAAGGUUGUUCACACUCAUGUGGAUGAGGAUGGAAUGUGUCUUUCAUGUAAUGAGAAGCUCGUGAGCAUUGAUAUUGAUACAAAAGAGACCAAAAACUUUGCUGCCUCAUUGACUAAAUUGGCUUGCGAAAAAGAACAUAAGGCCAACUUUAAUCAUUUUCAGAAAUGGCUUGAGAAGAAUGGUCCAUUCGAUGCCGUUGUUGAUGGUGCAAAUGUAGGACUUGCCAACGUUCCCGAUUUCAACUUUUCUCAGCUUAAUAAUGUCGUUCGACAGUUGCGUCAACUGAGUCCUUCAAAGAGGUUGCCACUUAUAAUUUUGCAUGUAAAUCGAGUAACUAGUGGUCCUGCUCGGAAUGCAACUUACAAGAGACUUAUAGAAAAUUGGAAAAGUAGUGGUGUUCUUUAUGCUACUCCCCAUGGUUCCAAUGAUGACUGGUACUGGUUAUAUGCUGCUGUUAGUUGUAACUGCUUACUUUUGACAAAUGAUGAGAUGAGGGAUCACUUGUUCCAACUAUUGGGUUCUAGUUUUUUCCCAAGGUGGAAAGAAAAGCACCAGGUUCGAGUAUCAGCCUCAAGUCGUGGAGUUUCCCUUAUUCUACCUCCUCGAUAUUCAAUAGUUAUUCAGGAAUCGGCCAAUGGAAGUUGGCAUGUGCCAACCGUAUCCAGUGAUGAUCCUGAUAUCCAAAGGAAAUGGCUGUGUGUCACUAGAUCCAGUAAAAACUCAUGACAUAAUCUAUGGACAGCAACCUCCACGUCUGAUGACGUUUGAGGAGGAAGAGGGAGUGUUUUGAUCUUCUUGCUUUGUUUUCAGUAGUAUCCAAAAAAAUUCUCACCUGGAAACGCAGUUGCGUGCAGCUGCGAUCAUUGCAAGGCAAGUUUAAGCAAGAUGAGGCAAAGGCCUAGGAGGGAGAGUAUCUAAAAUCAAACUAUCUCGUAUAUAUUGCCCGUGGUUGAUUGCAGGUUCAAAACCCGCCGAGUCCAGUCCAAUUUGUUAUCGCUUCCGUCUACCUUCAUAGACCUCCAUUAUUUCAUUAAGAAUAAAAAACGAAUAAUAGCAUUUUUGUACUAAACUAUGUAAAACGUGUUCACAUAUUAAAUUCACAAAUUUUUUCGGCCUA